AUUUCUGCUCUAUAUGAAACAGUUUCCUGUCCUGGAAUCUUUCUUCUCUCCCUCGGAUUCCAAACAGUGGAUCUAAACUUCGUUCUUUAACUUUAUUCUCUUGAGUUGUUUGUUGUUGCAGCCUUGCAGUUUUCUCUGCUACGAACCCAUACAAGAGUGAUUUCUGGAUUCAAUUUGAAUUCGUCGACUUCUCUGAGAGUGUUAUUGGAAGCAAAAUAUUUUCUUGUAUCCGUCUUUGAUUCGGUUCAACCCCGUAAUUGAUUUUCUGGCUCUCUGGUACCGAAGGAAAUGGCUGGACAAGUUGGUAUUACCAAAACGGCAGAUUCUUUUGAAUACGAGCUUCUUGAGGGAGAUGCUGAACAUGUUAGAACUGUUGUUGCUACACCAAAUCAGAUUAGCCCAUGGAUUGAUCCUGCUGCUUUAGAACUUAAACAUAGGAUUGGGAGGGGACCCUUUGGUGAUGUUUGGUUAGCGACUCAUCAUCAAUCCACAGAAUAUGAUGAGUGUCAAGAAGUGGCUGUCAAGAUGUUGCGUCCAAUCAAAGAGGAUCAGAUGCUCGCCUUUCUGGAUAAGUUCGAAAAUUUGUUUUCUAGGUGCCAAACAUUACAAGAUGUCUGUCUGCUUAAUGGUAUCACUAUCAAAAGUGGAAGAAUCUGCAUUGUUAUGAAGUUCUAUGAGGGUUCAUUGGGAGACAAAAUGGCUCGUCUCAAAGGAAAUAAGCUUUCCUUGCCCGAUAUCUUGAGGUAUGGAAUUGAAUUGGCUCAGGGAAUUUUAGAACUGCACUCAAAAGGGAUCCUGGUUCUAAACUUCAAACCUUUCAACUUCCUUCUAAAUGAACAUGACCAAGCAGUCCUUGGAGAUUUUGGUAUUCCUUUUCUACUUCUUGGGAUUCCGUUAUCCAGUUCAGAUAUAGCUCUUAGACUUGGAACUCCAAACUACAUGGCUCCAGAGCAAUGGGAACCAGAAAUAAGAGGCCCAAUAUCCUUUGAGACUGAUUCUUGGGGGUUUGCAUGCAGCAUUGUGGAGAUGUUAAGUGGGGUUCAACCCUGGUGUGGGAAAUCAAUAGAGGAGAUCUAUUGCUCAGUGGUAACAAAACAGGAAAAACCACAUAUUCCAAAUGGUUUGCCCCCUGCACUUGAGCAUGUUGUCAGUGGUUGCUUUGAGUAUGACUUUCGAAAUCGGCCUCUGAUAUCAGACAUCUUAAAUGCAUUCAAAAGCUCUCAGAAUGCAGUUCACAGUGGUGGAAGGUGGAGGCGUCUGGGAAACAUGACACUGACAGAUAAAUCAAUUAUCAGUGGUUGCACUGAGUGGUUCCUUUCAAAAGAUCAUCUUCAAGUAGGUGAUACAGUGCGGUCCAGAAAAUCCCCAAAUUCAUGCAAACCAGAAAGCAUGCACAUUCCAGAGGGAACUGUUGUUGGUAUGGAUAGUGAUGGGUUCGUCUUGGUGAGGGUCCAUGGAGUACAUGAUCCUUUAAGAGUCCACACAUGGACAUUAGAGCGGGUCACAUCUGGCUUGGCAGCAGGGGACUGUGUUCGGGUGAAGGAGGAAGACAAAAAACACUCACCUGUGGGCAUUCUGCACUCCAUCCAGCGAGAUGGCAGUGUAGCCGUUGGCUUUAUAGGAGUAGAGACUCUCUGGAAGGGAUGUUCUUCGGAGCUCCAAAUGUCAGAACUAUACUGUGUGGGUCAAUUUGUGAGGCUGAAGGCAAACAUCUUCAGCCCUCGAUUUGACUGGCGUCAUAAAGAGGGAGGAGAAUGGGCCACCGGGAGGAUUUCACAGGUUCUACCUAAUGGAUGUCUCGUAGUCAAGCUUCCGGGGAGGCUAGUUUUCAGAGGUUCAUGCAAUAGUUUCUUGGCUGACCCAGCAGAAGUGGAAGUGGUAUCUUUCAGAACAUGUCCUGGGGUAGUAAAGAAGUACCAACACCUGGAGGAUUUUCACUGGGCUGUUCGGCCGCUUGUAAUUGCAUUGGGUCUAUUUACAGCAAUGAAACUUGGUUUCUUUGUUGGGAAGACUUUGGGGAGGGCAAGGAGGAAGAAGGGCCAGAAUAUUUUGAUCCAAGGGGAUGAUCACCAGACGGAUGGCCAGAUUGGUGUGAAACCUGGGUGGCUUCCUUCACCAGUAGCAAAUGUACUUUUCAGGGAAGGGGUUGCUACUAGGUAGUUGUUCAAAGUUUCCUUUGGUCAUGGUUGGCACUGUUUGCUGAAACACAUGGAGGAGAACUGAUUCACUGAACAAGUUUUCUAUUAUAUGCUGAAUAUGAUUGAAAGCAGAACCGAAGUAAGAAAUGGUUGUAUAUAUGCUUAUUUACUGACUGGUGUUAUAACUUGUACGUGAUUUCUGUAAAUACGUUUACUUGGAUUUUCUCUGUAAGAAUCUGUACAGCCUUAUGCUACAGAGGAACUUCUGUGUAGUAAUAUGUUAUGCUACAGAGGAACUUCUGUGUAGUAAUAUGUUAUGGUGCAGAGGAACUUCUGUAAGAAUCCUCCAACUUA